AAGCCUGAGCGUUCGCGGGGCCGAGGCCAUGGCUUUCUGUGCUGGGGGUUCGCCCAGCGUCGUGGAGUAUUUCCCCAGCGAGGACUUCUACCGCUGUGGUUACUGCAAGAACGAGUUGGGCAGCCGGUCCAAUGGCAUGUGGGCACAUUCCAUGACAGUACAGGAUUAUCAGGAUCUCAUAGACCGAGGAUGGCGAAGAAGUGGAAAAUAUGUGUACAAACCUGUCAUGAAUCAAACAUGUUGUCCUCAGUACACAAUAAGGUGCCGACCUUUACAAUUUCAGCCUUCAAAAUCUCACAAGAAGGUUUUGAAAAAAAUGUUGAAAUUUCUGGCUAAAGGGGAGAUUCCCAAAGGAAGUUGUAAUGAUGAGCCCAUGGAUUCCACAGUGGAUGAUGCUGUUACGGGUGACUUUGCAUUGAUAAAUAAAUUGGAUAUACAGUGUGAUCUUAAAACGCUCAGUGAUGACCUGAAAGAGAGUUUAGAGAGUGAAGGAAAAAACUCCAAGAAAGAAGAACCUCAUGAAUUACUUCAGUCACAAGAUUUCGUAGGAGAGAAGUUGGACUCUGGUGAACCAUCACAUUCAGUUAAAGUUCACACGGUUCCUAAGCCAGGCAAAGGGGCUGAUUUGAGUAAGCCUCCAUGUCGAAAAGCAAAGGAAAUCCGGAAAGAAAGGAAAAGGUUAAAACUCAUGCAGCAGAACCCAGCUGGAGAACAUGAGGGUUUCCAGGCUCAAGGUCAGCCACCAUCUUUGUUUCCAGCAAAGGCUAAAUCCAACCAGCCCAAAUCACUCGAAGAUUUAAUUUUUGAAUCUUUACCAGAGGAUGCAUCACACAAGUUAGAGGUGAGGGUGGUGAGAUCAUCUCCACCAAGUUCGCAGUUCAAAGCCACACUUCUGGAGUCUUACCAGGUCUAUAAACGUUACCAGAUGGUUAUUCACAAGAACUCACCUGAUACGCCAACUGAGAGCCAGGUGAGGUUAGUACCUGUCUCCUCUGAGGACCCAGAGUUCAAGUCAUCCUUCAGCCAGUCCUUUUCUUUGUAUGUCAAGUAUCAAGUGGCCAUACACCAGGAUCCGCCUGAGGAAUGUGGGAAGACUGAGUUCACAAGAUUCCUUUGCACUUCACCUUUAGAGGCAGAGACUCCCCCUAAUGGGCCAGAUUGUGGCUAUGGCUCAUUUCACCAGCAGUACUGGCUUGACGGAAAGAUCAUUGCUGUGGGGGUGAUUGACAUCCUCCCAAACUGUGUAUCAUCUGUGUAUUUGUACUACGAUCCUGAUUAUUCAUUUUUGUCUUUGGGUGUCUACUCUGCACUACGAGAAAUUGCUUUUACUCGGCAACUCCAUGAGAAAACUUCUCAGCUCAGCUAUUAUUAUAUGGGUUUCUACAUUCAUUCAUGUCCCAAGAUGAGAUAUAAGGGUCAGUACAGACCUUCUGAUUUGCUGUGCCCUGAGACAUAUGUUUGGGUGCCCAUUGAGCAAUGCCUGCCUUCACUUGAAAACUCCAAGUACUGCCGUUUCAACCAGGACCCAGAAGCAGAUGGAGUUUCACUCAUGUUGCCCAGGCUGGAGUGUAAUGGCGCAGACUCAACUCUCAGCAUCUCUGCCUCCCAGGUUCAAGUGAUUCUCCUGCCUCAGCCUCCCGAGUUGCUGGGAUUACAAGCAUGUGCCACCACACCUGGCUAAUUGUUGCAUUUUUAGUAGAGAUGGGGUUUCUCCAUGUCGGUCAGGCUGGUCACGAACUCCUGGCCUUGGGUAACCUGCCCGCCUUGGCCUUGCAUAGUGCUGGGAUUACAAGUGUGAGCCACUGCGCCUGGCCUAGUAGAUUUUUUUUUUUUUUUUUUUAGCAGCUUUAGGUUCAUAGAAGAAUUGAGCAGAAAGCACAGAGUUCCCCUGUGCCUUCCAACACCCUUCCCUGACCCCCCACCCCAACCCUGUCAUUAACAUUCGGCAUUGGUGUGCUACAUUUGUUACAGCUGAUAAGCCAAUACUGAUCCAUUAGUAUUAACUAAGGUCCAUAGUUUGCAUUAGGAUAUGUUCUUUUUAUUUUAUUAUUUUCCCAAGACAGGGUCUUGCUUUGUCACCCAGGCUGGAGUGCAGUGUCACAAUCCCAACUCAGUGCUACGUCUGCCUCCCAGGUUCAAGCAAUUCUCGUGCCUCAGCCUCCCGAGUUACUGGGACUACAGGCAUGUGCCACAGUGCCUGGCUAAGUUUUGUAGUUUUAGUAGAGUGGAGGUUUCACCGUGUUGACCAGGCUGGUCUCAAACUCCUGGCCUCAAGUGAUCCACCCACCUCAGCCUCCCAAAGUGCUGGGAUUACAGGUGUGAGCCACCACGCCCAGCCGGGUACGUUCUUUGUGUUGUACAUUCUCUGGGUUUUACCAGGUGUCCAAUGACAUGUAUGACAUGUAUCAUACAGAGGAGCCUCACUGCCCUAAAAAUCCCCUGUGCUCAUCUGUUUAUCUUUCCUUUCCGCACCUCCAUCCUAUGGCAACCACUGUUCUUUUUCUGUCUACAUAGUUUUACCUUUUCCAGGAUGUGAUAAAAUUGGAAACAAACAGCAUAGAGCCUUUCCAAAUUGGCUUUCUUCAUUAUAUGCAUUUAAGGUUCUCCCAUAUCUUUUUGUGGCUUGAUAGUUCCAUUUCCUUUUAUUGCUGCAUAAUAUUUCAUUAGGUAUAUAUGGUACCAGAGUUUAUCUGUUUACCUAUUAAAGGAUGUAUUGGUUGUUUCCACUUGUUCACAAUUAUGACUAAAACUGCUGUAAACAUUUUUUGGUGUGUAUUUUUGUAUAGAUGUGUGUUUUCAACUCAUUUGGAUAAAUACCAAGAAGUCCCCUCAAACUGCUGCUAUCAACUAAGUUUAUCUAAUAGUCUAAGUUUUCUGUUGUCAUUUCAACCAUGUUCACACUAUCUUCACCAGAAGUCGAUUUUGUCUCAAGCAAUCACUUUCUUUGCUCUUCCAUGAGAAGCACCUCCUCCUCCAGGCAAGUUUUCUCAUGAGAUUGCAGCAUUUUGUCACAUCAUUAGACUCUACUUCUAUUUCUGAUUGUUGUACUCUUUUGACCACAGCUGCAGUAACUUCCUCCACUAAAAUCUGAAACCCCUCCAGGUCAUCCAUGAGGUUUGGAAUCAACUUCUUCCAAAUGUCUGUUAAUGUUGAUAUUUUUACUUCCUUCCAUGAAUCAUAAAUGUUCUGAAUGGCAUUUAGAAUGGUGAAUCCUUUCCAGAAGGUUUUCAAUUUACUUUGCCCAGAUCUAUCAGAGGAAUCACUUCUGUGAUGGCUAUAGGCUUAUGAAAUAUAUUUCUUAACUAAUAAGACUUGAAAAUUGAAACUACACCUUGAUCCAUGGGCUUCAGAAUGGUUAUUGUGUUAGCAGGCAUGAAAACAACAUUGAUCUUGUAUAACUCCAUCAGAACUCUCUGGUGACCAGGCACAUUGCCAAUGAGCAGUAUUUGGUAAGGAAUCAGAAAAACUGAGCAGUAGGUCUCGACAGUGGGCUUAAAAUGUUCAGUAAAAUAUGCUGCCAACAGAACUCUUCUGUAGGCAGAUAUACUGUCGUCUAGGCUUUGUUGUUCCAUUUAUUAAGCACAAAAUUUGCCACAAUUCUUAAGGGCCUUUGGGUUUUUGGUAUGGUGAAUGAGCAUUGGCUUCAACUUAAAGUCACCUGCUAUAAAAGUCCUAGACGGCAGCUUCUUCCAGUAGAAUGCUGUUUCAUCUGCAUUGAAAAUCUCUUGUUUAGUGUAGCCACCUUCUUGAUGAUCUUGGCUAGAUCUUCUGGGUAACUUGCUGUAGCUUCUACAUCAGCACUUGCUGCUUCACCUUGUACUUUUAUGUUAUGGAGGUAACAUAAACUUCUUUCCUUAAACCUCGUGAGUCAACCUCUCCUAGCUUCCACCUUUUCUUCUGCAGUGUUCCUACCUCUCUUAGCCUUUAGUGAAUUGAAGAGAGUUAGGGCCUUGCUCUGAAUUAGGCAUUGGCUUAAGGGAAUGUUGUGGUUGGCUUGAUCUUCUAUCCAGAUCAUUAAGACUUUCUCCAUAUCAGCAAUAAGGUUGUUUUACAUACCAUUCAUGUGUUCACUAGAGUAGCACUUUUUAUCUCCUUGAAAAACUUUUCUUUUGUAUUUGCAACUUAGCUGUUUGACACAAGAGGUCUAGCCAUCAGCCUGUGUCAGCUUUCAGUGUGCCUUCAUCACAUGUUUAAUCAUUUCUAGCCUUUAAUUUAAAGUGAGACAUGUGACACUUAGAGGCCUUUUAGGCCUAAGUUAUUAAUUGGCCUAAUUUCAAUAUUGUUGUGUUUUAGGGAAUGGGGAGGCCCAAGGCGAGGGAGAAAGACAGCAGAAGGGCAGGUCUGUGAGGCAGUCAGAACACACACAGCAUUUAUUAAUUAAGUUUGCUGUCUUGGGCACAGUUUGUGACACCCCAAAACAAUUAGUUAACAUCAGUGAUCACUGAUCAUAGAUCACCAUAACAGAUGUAGUAAUAAUGAGAAAAUUUGAAAUACUUGGAAAAUUACCAGAAUGUGACAUAAUAAACUGCUACACUAAGUGUAGCAAAAUGAGAUAUGUUUAUAUUUCCUCUAGUAGAGUCUGUCUCCAUAGGAAAACCAAUACUAUUGUAAGAAAAGUGAAUUUGUAUUUGCCCCUAAGAUUAAUACUGUAGUUUCUAAUUUAAUUUUAUGCUCCAGGAAAUUUUUUGAGGUAUUGCUACUUAAAGGUACUUUUGGAAGUCUCUAGCUUAAUUCUCUUGAGAAGAAUCAAAUAUCAACCUAAUGCCAGAUUCAUUCUUUGGAAAUUAAUAUUAUGACUCCCUUCAUUGUAAAUGGGAAUUUGUCUUUGUGACCUAAAGAGGUUGCCUAUCAAUUUACCAUCAUGGUAAUAAAUAGCUUUUGUGACCUGUGAAAUAUGGUAGAAUUUAAAGCUGUUGAUCUAAAAUAAAAAACUUAUAGACAAACUGAACAUAAUAGAUCGUAAGAUGAACUGAUUCAGUGUAUUUGAUAAUUUAAAAAAAUUAUUAGCUACACAUGUAUUUGCUUAUAUUAAGUGUAAUACCUUCUUUGUCCUUUGUUCAGGACCCUGUUCUGUUUAACACUUUUAUUCUUAUUUUGAUAGCUACAUUUCCAGUUACUGUAUAACUGGUAAGGAUCUCCUAACAUAUCAGAAGAAAAGAAACAGAAUAUGAAAAUACUUCAGUAGGCUGGAAUGAUAGGAAUAUGUCAGAACAAAAUUUAACAAUGAAAAAAGUACAAAUGCCAUGCUUGGGUUUCAGAAUCCACACAAAUAUGAGGGAAUAUGAUGGGAAGCUGAAGAAUACCGUUUAGCACUAGCAUUUUGAUAUGGUUUGGCUCUGUGUCCCCACCCAAAUGUCAUCUUGGAGCUCCCAUAAUUCCCACAUGUUGUGGGAGGGACCCAGUGGGAGAUGAUUGAAUUGUGGGGGCAGGUCUUUCUCGUGAAUGAUAGUGAAUGGGUCUCACAAGACCUGAUAGUUUUAAAACUGAGAGUUGCCCUGCACAAGCUCUCUUUGCUUGUCACCAUCCAUGUAAGGUGUGACUUUGCUCCUCCCUGCCUUCUGCUAUGAUUAUGAGGCUUCCCAGCCACAUGGAACUGAAAUUCCAAUUAAACCUCUUAUUAUUAUUAUUAUUUUUUGUAAAUUGCCAAGUCUUGGGUAUGUCUUUAUCAGCAGUGUAAAAAGAGACCAAUACAGAGCAUUUUUUAUUUUUAAAUUUCAAAUUUACAGAAAAAUGACAAGAAUAAUAUGAAGAACAUAUGCGUACCCUUCACUCAGACUUCCCAGUUGUUGACAUGUUACCGUAUUUGCCUUAUCACUUCUUCUGUUUUACUCUGUAUUUUCUUCUAAACCAUUUGAGAAUAAGUUUCUGAUAUAUUGCAUCAUUGUCCUUCAGUAUCCCAGUGUGUAUUACCCGAAAACAAGGACACUUUUUUUUUACAUUACUAGACGUGGCCAUCAAAACCAGUAGCAUUGAGAUAUUACUACCAUCUAAUCCACACAACCCUGUACAAAUGUUACAGAUUUUCCCUAUAACUUCCUUCAUAACACAAAAAUGCAUACACACAUACACAAGGUUACUUUACUUUUCUCUCUUUUUUUUUAGACCCAAGGUUCAAGUGAGGAUCUUGUGUUGCAUUUAUAGUUGUAUCUUUUAGGCUCCUUUUGUCUAGAACAAUACCAUAGUAUAUCCUUGUCUUUUAUUGCCUCGAUAUUUUUGAAAAGUCCAGUCACUUUGUAGAGUAGUUCUUAAUUUGUGUUCGUCAAAUAUUUCUUCAUAAUUAGAUUCAGGUCAUGUAGUUUUGGCGAGAACACCCUAGAAGUGUUGCUGGGUUUGUACUGCAUCAUUUCAGCAGGUGUGUGGUGUUAAUUCAUCUCUCUGCUGUGACUUGAAUUUUUAUCACUUGGUCAAGUGGAAUAUGUCAGGUGUCUCCACUGUAAAGCUGAUAAGUACUUUGUACAUGUUAAUAAGUAAUUAGUAAAUAUUUUGUAGAAAGCUCUCUUGAAAUGGUGUAAAAAUCCUGUUGUGUCAAACUAAUACCUGUUAGUUUUUACAUCUACUGAUCAUCUUUCCUCCAUCACUUAUUACUGAAAUGGCUGCCAAAUGAUGACUUUUUAAUUCUGUCACUACUUUUACUUUUAUUAGUUGGUAUUCUCCCAUAAGGAAAAGCAGUCCUCUUUCUCUGGCAUGGACUAUGUAAUCUCGUUUUAAUCGAUGUGUUAUAAAUACUGUUACUUUUCAUUAUUUAUUUACAAUGCUCAAAUUGUCUCAGAGUUGACCAGUAGGAGCUUUUUCAGGGUGACUCAUGUUUUCGUUUGACAAGUCCCUGUCAUUCUUUAAGCACUUUCUUUAGGGCACAAAAUAUUUCAGACUCAUCGUACGCUUUCUCUGCCUCAGUUCUGUAAUCACUCACUUCUCUAGGCAGCCCUAGUUCUUUUUCGUGGUGAAUAAUAUUUGGAAUACAAGAUGUUAGUAAUAAGUAUGCUCAUUGCUACUGGGGUUUCAUUGUUUCUAAGCCCUCUCAGCAGACAGAUGUAGGCAAUAUAUGUGAGUUUACACACACAUUUAUAUCUACCUGUGUAUCUGUAUGUCUACAUCAGUGUAUAAAAAUCAUGAGUUUUUCACUCGUAUCUGAAAUUUUAAUCCAGCACAACAGUUUGUUCUAGUCUUCUUCUUUUCCAUACCUGUAGCUCCAUUCUCUGACAAAGAAAUCUGGCCUCCCCUUUUUUCUCAGCCUGUUUAUUUAUAUGCUCAGUUCCCUUGUGUAUAACUAAUUUCUUGACCACACGGGCCAGAAUUGGCCCAGUCCUACCAACCGGAGCUGGCAAACGUCUCUUUGGCCCUAGCCCUAGCACAUAAACCAACUUCCCUAUCAUUUUUUUGAAAUUCUGUAAUAGCAUGUUUUAAUUUACAUUUCUUUCAUUAUAUUUUGUGAGUUUUUAAGCCUAGCCUUUUAUUAGGGUAAGGGUAAAUGGUGAAAUAGGAAGCGUCUAAGAUGAGUAUUUAGAGGUCAAAACUUAGAAUAGAAGUUUGAGAGUCCUUAUUCAUCAUCAUAAGAGAUAUUUUAUUAGCAUUUUACUUGGCCAGUAGAGAUCCUACCAGCAGUGUGUGUGCUGAGGUGAUAAAGUUGAUGUGAUUUUUUUUUGCAUGCAAUUGCCUGAUUUUUGCAUUAUCCUUCUGCUUUUGUCUGAUGAGCUUUUAUAGGACUUUGAUACCAAAUAUCCAUAAUAUCAAAAAUAAUCUGGAGUUCUUUUUGUGGCUAGAAUCACCUUGAUAAAUUAUAUGUUUUAUAUUUUGUUUUGUGACUUUUAGGAGCCAUAGUUAUUUUUAAUCAACAUCAUAUCAUGAUGUUUUUUUCCUUUGAAAAAUUACAUUUUAGCCAUGCCAUUUCAGCCAGAAAAUGAAAUACAAGGCAUUCAGAUUGGAAAGGAAGAUGUCACACUGUCUGUAUUCGCAGAUGAUAUGCCCUUGUACGUAGAAAAUUCUAAAGAAUGUGAAGAACUAUCAGAUGCAAUAAAUGAGUUCCACAUACACAGAAAUCAAUUUUAUUCCUACACACUUAAACAAUGAGCAGUUUAAAAAUGAAAUUGUCAACAAUUGCAUUUACAGUAGCAUCAAAAUAAAAUUGUUCAGAAUAAAUUUACCAGAGCAAUGCAAAAAAUUAUAUUCUGAAAAAUACAAAACAUUCUUAAAAGAAAGUACAGAAGAUCUAAAUAAGUGGGAAAAAAAAAUCUCAUGCUCAUGGAUCAGGAGACUUAAUAUUGUUAAGAUGGUAGUAUGCCUCAAAUUCAUUUACAGAUUCAGAGCAGUGAUCUAGUAAAUUCCCAGCUGGGUUCCCUGCAGAAACUGACUGUCAUAAAAUCCACAUGGAAAUUAAAGGAAUCCAGGAUAGCCAAAACAAUCUUUAAAAAGAAUGAUAAAGUUAACACUAUGUGGUCCUGGCAUACAGGCAGGCAUACGGAUCUGGACUAGAAUUGAGAGUCCAGAAAUAAACCCUCAUGUUUAUGGUCAGUUACUUUUCAAAAAGGAUGCCAAGACAAUUCAGGGAAAGGAUCUAGCCUUUACAACAAACGGUUCUGGGUCUUUCAGAGAAAAUGAAAUUGGAUCCCUAUUUCACACCAUCUACAAAAAUUAACUCAAAAUGGGUUGGACCUAAAUAUAAGACCUAAAAUUAUAAAAUUCUUAGAAAUAUACAUUGGAGUAAAUCUUAAUAAGCUUGGAUUAGGCAGUGUUUUCUUAGAUAUGAUAUAGAAAGCACAAGCAACAAAAGAAAAAAAUAGAUAAAUUGGACUUCAUCAAAAUUUAAAACUUCUGUCCUUUCAGAGACCCAGUCAGGAAAGUGAAAAGAUAAUUCACAGAAUGAGAGAGUGUAUUUCCAAAUAAUGCAUCCAAUAAGGAUCUAAUAACCAGACUAUGUAAGGAACUCUAACAACUCACUAAAAAGACAACCCAAUUAAAUAUAGGCAAAUGACUUAAAUAGACAUUUCUAAGAAGACAUAUGAAUGGGGAAUAAGCACAUGAAAAGAUGCUCAACAUCAUUAGCUAUUGGGGAAAUGCAAAUCAAAAUCACAAAAAGAUACUGCUAUGCACCCACUAAGAAGGCUGCAAUCCAGAAAGCAGCUAGUGACGGUGCUAAUGAGGAUUUGGAGAAACAGGCACCUUUGUGUAUUGCUGCUGGGAAUCUUAAAAUGAUGUAGCCACUUUGGAAAACAGUCUGGCAGUUCUUCAGUAUGUUGACUGCUAAUAGAUGUGAUGGUUGCACAACUGCGAAUAAACUAGAAAUCCUUGGUUUGUAUAAUUUAAAUGGGUGAAUCACGUGGUAUGUAAAUUGAAUCACAAUAAAGCUGUUACUAAAUGACAUUUUUCAAGCUUA